GUCGGCCCCCGCGGGUCGCUCCCGUCGCCGUGGAAACCGAGACAGCCAGUCGGCGCGGCGGCUUCCGGUCAUCCCGGGGGCUGGGGGCUCUGACGGGCCUGAGGGCGGCAGACCGCGAUGCUGAAGGCCAAGAUCCUCUUCGUCGGGCCCUGCGAGAGUGGAAAAACCGUUUUGGCCAACUUCCUGACAGAAUCUUCUGACAUCACUGAAUACAACCCAACCCAAGGCGUGAGGAUCCUGGAAUUUGAGAACCCACACGUGGCCAGCAACGCCAAAGGCACGGGGUGUGAAUUUGAGCUGUGGGAUUGUGGCGGUGAUCCAAAGUUCGAGUCCUGCUGGCCGGCCCUGAUGAAGGACUCACACGGGGUGGUGAUCGUCUUCAACGCCGACCUCCCCAGCCACCUGAAGGAAAUCGAGAUGUGGUAUUCCUGCUUCGUCCAGCAGCAGCUCCUCCAAGACACCCAGUGUCUGUUGAUCGCGCACCACAAACCAGGCUCCGGAAGCGAUAAAGGAAGCCCGUCUCUGUCGCCCCCCUUGAACAAGCUGAAGCUGGUGCACUCGAAUCUGGAGGAUGAACCUGAAGAGAUCAGGUCGGAGUUCCUAAAGUACUUAAAAAGCAUCGUCAACUCAGUGUCUGAAAGCAGAGACCGGGAGGAGAUGUCAAUUAUCACCUAAGCACCCUUUAUCUGAACUCUUCCGCGUGGCACGUAAGGUCAGCUUGCUCCCCAGAGCAGCUCUGGAAUCUGACCCAGCUACUGAUGUGUCCUUCUCCAUGUGGCUGUGGAAGACCUUUCCCUUAUCUGCUCUCAGGGUCCGCUGAGCCACGAGUGGACUCACACCAUUCACUCCCUGCCCUUGGUAGUGCCAUUCUGAUUCCUUUGCCCCAAACCUCUCCAAGAGUUGGAAAACUGAGUUGUUUUUCUUUCCUCUUCAUAUACGUCAGGUGAUAAAAAUUGUGGAAUUGUAACCAUCAGAACCAAAUGAUAGGCAGUAGUUUAAUUCCUGUGUAUUGGUUUGAAGGUGAUUUUCACUGCUUAGUUCACUCAGCAAAGACUGACGUGUCAUGCUGCACUGUUGUGCUGUUGACAAUAAACAGCAGGAGCAAAACACAUA